AUGGUCUCUCAGGCCCAAGUUAUCGAUCGCUCUGUGCCAGCCCAGAGCACCCCCUCCGUUGUGUCACGUAACUCCUACAUCGGCCGUCGGCACCGUUCUGGUCGUUCCCACCAUGGCGGCUCAUCUCAACAACUACAACAACACAACGACUUCCCGAUCUUCACUCAUACCGGCGACGUCGAGAUCGUUAUCCGUGCAGGUCGACAAGAGAGACGGUAUCUGCUACAUCGGUUGAUAUUGGCGCAGUGUUCGGGGUUCUUUGGUGCAAGUACCAGUGAGGACUGGUCGCGACAAGCACUCCCCAAGCCAGACACAGGUGCUCUGUCGGGCUUGAGCGAGGGAACCGAUUCUCUAUCCAAUGGAUCAACUCUUGCACAGUCGGAUACUGGAGGAUCCUCACGGUCGUUUGAAAAGAGAAGGUGGCGAUUUGAGCUCGAUUGGGAGAAUAAGGCAGACGACGAGGAACCGAUACUGGUCCAGAAGAGGCCCAGCUAUUCCGCUGUCUUUGGGAAUAACCCAUCUAACCCUCCUCCGACAAUGACCAAACCCUCAGGCACCCAGGCAGGCUUCUUCCGUUCAAUGGCGAAUUUGACCGGAAUGCAAUCGGCGUUGAAUGUGCCUCAGAACUCGAGCGAUGCUGAUAUGAACCCGAUUAUUCGCGAUUACGAUAACCUUAUGCGUCUAUUCUAUAACCAUCCUCCUGUACUAAACAGUGUCAACAUUGCGACCUCCUACGCCGAAUGCAAGUCUCUUCUCGCCCUGGCCGAUAUGUAUGACGCCUUGCCAGUUACCGGGCCCCGAGUAGACCACCACCUCCUUGGUUUCGGUUCCCGUCUGUUCAAGCAGAUUGCAAAAUACCCCCCAAGCUAUCUCAAGCUGGGGUACAUGGCGCGCAGUCGAGUCAUCUUUUCCGAAGCCCUCAUUCAUGUCGUCGGGCAGUGGCCAGCUGGACUACCUCACCUUCGAAACGGAUCAUACUCCCCCCUCCCAGAUUCCGUGCUCGAUAUCAUCGAAGAUAAAGCGGAGGACCUCGAAGACAUGAAGGCGCGCGUUGAUUCGAAACUCUUUCGCCUGACGCUCACCACCUCCCGCGGGGAGCGGGUCAGUCCCACGAAUGCGUACCUUGACUGGCUGGCUGUUUCUUUAUUCCGACAAUGGUUUGUGGAGAACACCACUCCUCCCCCGGCCCCAAUCCUCAAGAACUCUUCAUCGAACCAUCAUACCAGUCGUCCAUCGCAAUCAGGUAGUCACCGUGCGCAAGAUUCCGCAUCCGCCAAACCAACACCUGCCAGUCCUAAUCCCUCUGCAAAGGUGUACCGUCUUAUUGGAUCCUCAUCUACACAGGCCUACCUACCGCAUGACGAGCUCAAGAAAUUCCUUAAGGUUCAUCCCACCUCAUCGAUGGAUUCUCUAUACUCGCGGGAUGUUCUCAAGCGAUUCGAACGCAAGAUGGACGAGAUCAAACGGCUGGCCCGGGAUAUCGUCAAACCGCUAAUGAGGAAUUUCCUCGAGCUGGACCUGAAAGGCGGCGAGCUCGGUAGUACCACAACAGGUGACACUGCCAUUGGCGGAUUACCUUAUUUAACCUGCACACGAGUCGAAGAUGAAGACAUUCCUUGGGAUUAUUGA